GGACCCCAAAGUUGGUAGGUUCGACAUGGAUGCGAAGAAACAUCGUAGAUCUAGGUCGGGUUCCCGUUCUCGGUACCGGGACCGGCCAAAGUCCAGUCGUAGUAGAAGUCAUUCUCCCGAAGGAAGGAGAGCCAGAAGUCGCUCGAGGGGGAAGAAAGAUAACAAGAAAUCGACGAGACGAGCGCGAUCCGGGAGCAGCAGCACGCAAAACAGUUCAGGUUCCGAGGAGCGGUAUCGGUCCAAAGGAAGAGACCAUUCGAAAAGCGAUUCUGAUGGCACCACCAAGAAUUCACGGACAGGGAGAGGACAGCGAGUGAGCAGCCGUGGCUCUUCAAAGGACAGGACCAGCUCUGAAUCAGAGGAUGAAAGCGCCAAGAAGAAGAAAAAGAAGAAGGGAAAGAAGAGCCGAAGAGAUGAUAAAGGGGAAAAGAAGAGGAAGAAGGCGAGCAGAAGCCCCUCGCCCCCGACGUCAGACUCCAGCGUGGAACGGGGUCAUAGGAGGUCGCGAGGGAGGGACGGGAAGAGCAGCGAGAGGAAGAAUAGUGUGGACCGCACGAGCAGGAGCAUCAGUAGGGAGAGAUGGAGGAGAGAGAGAGAAAGAGAAAGAGAGGGGGGCUCGAGGAGAAGUCAGGAAAGGGGCAGGGACAGGAGAAGCCAAGAGAGGGAAGGAGGGAGCAAGGAAAAGAAAAGGCACAGAAGUAGAGAGAGGGAGCACAGAGGAAGAGAGAGAGAGAGAGAGAGAAGCCGGAAGCGUUCCAGCUCACGCUCCUCAGUAACAUCGCAGUCCACAGACUCGGGGGGCGAGGCCAGGCAGGGCUCCCCAGGGGGAGAGGCCCAGCUUUCAGCAAAGGAGGAGAAGAAAAGGAGGAAGGACAUGAUGAAGGCUCUGGAGACACCGGAGGAAAAGAGGGCGAGGCGACUGGCCAAGAAAGAGGCAAAGGAGAGGAAAAAGAGGGAGAAGAUGGGCUGGAGUGAGGAGUAUAUGGGCUACACCAAUGCUGACAAUCCGUUUGGAGACAACAACCUACUGGGCACCUUCAAGUGGCAGAAGGCGCUGGAGAAGAAGGGCAUUGGGCACCUGGGGGAGAAGGACCUGAAGGAGAGGAACAAACGCAUCCAGGAGGAGAACCGGCGUGAGCUGCAGAAGGUGAAGCAGCUUCGGCUGGAACGCGAGCGGGAGAAGGCCCUGAGGGAGCAGGAGCUGGAGAUGCUGCAGAGGGAGAAGGAGGCGGAGCAUUUCAAAACCUGGGCGGAGCAGGAGGACAACUUUCACCUGCACCAGGCCAAACUGCGGUCUAAAAUCAGAAUCAGGGAUGGGAGAGCCAAGCCCAUCGACUUGCUGGCCAAGUACAUCAGCGCUGAGGACGACGACCUGGCUGUGGAGAUGCACGAGCCCUACACCUUCCUGAACGGCCUCACUGUCACAGACAUGGACGAUCUGCUGGAGGACAUCAAGGUGUACAUGGAGCUGGAACAGGGGAAAAAUGUGGAUUUCUGGAGGGAUAUGACCACCAUCACUGAGGAUGAGAUUAGCAAGCUUCGCAAGCUGGAGGCGUCGGGAAAAGGGCCAGGCGACCGGCGCGAGGGGAUCAACACCUCGGUCAGCACGGAUGUCCAGACCGUGUUCAAGGGAAAAACCUACAGCCAGCUGCAGGCCCUGCACCUCAACAUCGAGAGCAAGAUCCGCGCCGGGGGCUCCAACCUGGACAUCGGCUACUGGGAGAGCCUGCUGCAGCAGGUCCGCGUUUACAUGGCCCGGGCACGGCUGAGAGAGAGGCACCAGGCCGUGCUGAGGCAGAAGCUGUACAAGCUGAAACAGGAGCAGGGCGUGGAGAGCGAGCCCCUCUUCCCCAUCAUCAAGGAGGAGCCACCCGCAGAGAGGCCUGUGACCUCUGCAGAGGGGGAUGGCGAGCCGGCACCCUCCUCUUCCUCUCCGUCUGCAGCCAAUCAGGGCCAGGAGGGGGAGGGAGAGGGCCCGGGGCAGAAGGGAGAGGGAGAUGGAGAUGGAGAUGGAGAGGGAGAGGAAGAGGAAGAGGGAGAGGGAGAGGAGGGUGGGGCCGGCGGGGCGGAGGCGGUGCUGACGGAGGAGGACCUGAUCCAGCAGAGUCAGGCGGAGUACGACUCUGGCCGCUACAGUCCCCGCCUCCUGCAGCCCUCUGACCUGCCGCUGGACACCCACACCAUCGAGCCCGAGGAGGACCUGCAGCGGCUGCACCUGGCCCGCAGACAGCUGCAGGUGACAGGUGACGCCAGCGAAAGCGCGGAGGACGCGUUCGUGCGGCGUGCGCGGGAGGGCAUGGGCGGAGACGAGGCCCAGUUCAGCGUGGAGCUGCCGCUGACGGGCAAGAUGUACCUGUGGGCUGACAAAUACCGGCCGCGCAAGCCCCGCUUCUUCAACCGCGUGCACACUGGCUUCGAGUGGAACAAAUACAACCAGACGCACUACGACUUCGACAACCCGCCGCCCAAGAUCGUGCAGGGCUACAAGUUCAACAUCUUCUACCCGGACCUGAUCGACAAGCGCUCCACGCCGCAGUAUUUCCUGGAGCCCAGCCCCGACAACAAGGACUUCGGCGUGCUCCGCUUCCACGCGGGCCCGCCCUACGAGGACAUCGCCUUCAAGAUCGUCAACCGCGAGUGGGAGUACUCCCAUCGCCACGGUUUCCGCUGCCAGUUCGCCAACGGCAUCUUCCAGCUGUGGUUCCACUUCAAGCGCUACCGGUACAGGCGGUAGACUCACGG